UUUGCUUUCGCGGGCACCCUGACACCCGACGUUUGGUUUCACCACCCAAAUACUUUCUUCCUGCCGCACGAGCAGGGUCAGGCCAUGGCGCAGGCUGUCGCCACGCUGAUUGGGAUCUUCACAAGCCGGGGGGAAUCACGAGUGGCGUGUGAGGAAGCCGCUAUCAGCAAAAACGAUUCGAUCCCAGAUGAGUCCAAUGAAGAAGGUACCCGGAACGAGAUGAAGGACACUGAUCGUGAAGAUGACCACCUUCAAAAGGAUGGGACGUGCAAAAACGACAAGUCGAAGGAUAAAGAGAAGAACAAAGAGAGGGACGUUUGGAACAAGGCUGCGAGUGCGCGAGGAUGGAAGCCCGAGGACUCCAGCAAAGAAGAGGAGAAAGACCCGCGCAGGGAUGUCUGGAGACUGGCUGCGUCAGCCAGGGGUUGGGCCCCAGAGGAUGGUGAUGAGGAGGCCUCUUGGGCAGCUCCUGCAGGAAGUGAGGGCGGAAGCUCCACGAGCCAAGCACGCUCAACCAUCAGUAUGUUGCUGGACAUUUUUUCUUCUGCUUCGGAGCCUACUCCAGAAGAUGAGCAGCUGCCGCCCUCACCAGAGUUGGACCAACUCCGGCAAGCGGUCAUGCGUGCGGAGGCCGCAGGCGCGAGCUCGGAGCUGCUGGAGCACGUGCGCGCCAAGCUGGAAGAGCUGGAACGCGAGCUGGCACGAGAUGUCAAAGUGCAUAUCGUGAAUGGCAUGAGCGGCGAGCUGGCCGCGGUGGUUCGAGCGCGGCCUUGCGACACGGCCUUCCGCCUCAAGGAGGCACUGUUGUCAGAAGGCGUAGUGAACUCCGAGGAGGACGGCCUGUGCUCCAUCAACUUCUUGCGCUAUAACCAGAUCAUGGACGAGUCCAUGACACUGGCCGAGGCUGGGCUCAGGGACGGAGAUCAGGUGCAGCUGGUGCGCUCGCCGCUGCGAGUGCUGACUGCUUCGUUGGAUGGGACGGUCCGGCUCUGGCACCUGAACUCCAAGGCGACGGACGACAUCAACCCUUUCACAAGCUUUCGAGAGGAUGAGGCUCUUGACAGUCAUGGGCCAGUGCUCUCCGCAUCCCUGGCGCCUGAUGGCCGGUCGCUACUGACUGUGGCUGCCGGUGGUGAGGGUCAGAUUUGGUGCGCUGAGACCGGCCGAGCUGUGGCAGAGCUGGAGGGCGCUGCGGCAACAGGGCAGUUCUGUUCCGCAGGCCACCGCGUGGUGGGCUCGUCAAGCGACGAAGCUGCGCGGAUUUGGUGCGCGAGCACUGGUAAGUGCUUGCACACCUUGCGGGGCCACACCGGUGAGGUCAGGGCUGCUCGCUUCUCUCCAGACGGCAGUAUGGUACUGACAGGCGCUGGUGACGGCACUGCGGCCCUGUGGGCCGCGAAGACCGGCGAGCGGUUGGCGAGUCUGGAAGGCCACGUAGACGUGGUGAAAAGCGUCGAUUUGUCCGCAUGCGGCCAAAUGGCGGCGACUGCCUCUGCUGAUGGCACGGCACGGCUCUGGGCGGUCCCUUCUGGGAAGUGCCUACAAGUUUUCCGAGGUCACACCAAGGCUAUCAGCUCUGUGAAGUUUUCGCCGGACGGUCAUCGGAUUAUGACAUCGUCAGCCUAUGAUGGCACUGCAAGGCUCUGGGAGGUGGCCAGCGGCGCUUGCCACUUAAUCAUCCCCGGUGAUGGCAAGGUGGUCAAUGACGCGGUCUUCUCUCCAGAUGGCCAGAAGGUCCUGCUGGCGUCGGCCAGCGAGAGCCUGCGGAUUUUCGAUGCUGAAGAUGGCGAGUGUGUCCUGACGCUGUCGGGUCAUGAGGACUGGGUCAGAUCGGCGGCAUUCUCGCCAGAUGGUACGAUCAUCGGCUCCGCCUCCUACGACGGAACUGUGCGGCUCUGGAGCGUGGCUGGAAAGUGCCUCAAGGUUCUAGAAGGCCACGAUGGCGCGGUGAUCUCGGUGGCCUUCAUGGAGGGCUGAGGCUAUUGAUUGACGGGCUGCCGAAAUGGCAGUCAAAAAAUGAGUCAAAAAUGGAGCACGCAAAUUCAAUAAGUUCAUCAGUGCGUGUCUCCGGAGAAGGGGUGGCCAGGAAGAAGGG